UAAUUUGAAUUAAUUUUAUUACAGCGUUAGUUGUUCCCCUUCUAAGAGCCACUAAUGUCACUGAUAACAACUUUAUCAUAUCUUGGAACAGUCACUCUGAAAUAAUUUCUUAUAUGCUUUCUGUAUUCACAAAUGGUGCUUUGCAUCGGUUGCUUAACCCAUUGAGUUCAACGAUAAGUUUGAAUAAUACAUUGAAUGGAGGGACAGAGUAUUGUUUCAACAUGACUUCCACUUAUUCUGAUGGCCAGAUUGUGAGCUCGCCCACUGUAUGUCAAUUCACAGCCCCAAAUACUGUAGAAGGCUUGUUUAUAAUUGAGUAUGGAACAACAUUCCUAAUAAUUGGUUGGAAGGACACUGUGGGAGCUAAUAUUUAUGAGAUAGUAGUUGUGGAUGUUACACCAAGUAGCAGGAAAAGAAGACAAAUUAUGACACCAGCUACUUUUAAUGUAACAGGUCAAACUAACACCACAAUAUCAAACCUUGACCCAGGAAGAAAAUAUGAUAUUUCUAUUGCUGCAAGAAAUGCUGGAGGGACUAGUCAACGUUCAAGCAUUAGAGCCACAACCACAACCCCACCUCCACAAGAAUUGAAAGUGGAAUUCUAUGACGGUUUCUCUGCCAAUAUUUCAUGGACUGUUUCGGCAGGAACCUCAUUUUAUAAUGUUACAUUUGUUGCAAACAAUACAGAAGCUACUACUACCACCAGUAACACAACAGAAACCUGGUUCUCUAAUCCUGCUUUAAAUUCAUCACUGAGCUACACUGUUUACCUGCAGUCUUGCAACCUAGAUUCAGUUUGCAGUGCAAAUUCAACUAUAUCUCUGGUACUGAUACCAGGUCCCUGUGCGAAUCAAACACAUAAAUGUCAUUCGAAUGCUGCAUGUGUCAAUACCUCCAAAAGCUUUUUUUGUUUUUGCAAAGCUGGGUUUACCGGUGAUGGUGUAAACUGCACAGAUAUUGAUGAAUGUGCAUUGGGAACACACAACUGCAAUACAAGUGCUACUUGCAACAACACAAUUGGAAGUUUUACAUGUGCUUGCAAUACUGGGUUUACUGGUAACGGUGUAUCAUGCACAGAUAUUGAUGAAUGCACAUUGGGUACACACAACUGUCAUGCAAAUGCUACUUGUACCAACACAACUGGAAGUUUCACAUGUACUUGCAAUACUGGGUUUACUGGUGAUGGUGUGUCAUGUACAGAUAUUGAUGAAUGCACAUUGGGUACACACAACUGUCAUGCCAAUGCUACUUGUACCAACACAAAUGGAAGUUUUACAUGUGCCUGCAACACUGGGUUUACUGGUGAUGGUGUAACAUGUACAGAUAUUAAUGAAUGUACAUUGGGUACACACAACUGCGACACAAAUGCUAAUUGUACUAACACAAUUGGAAGUUUUACAUGUGCUUGCAAUACUGGUUUUCUUGGGAAUGGUACAUGGUGUUCAUCGAUAGUUGUUCCCCUUCUAAGAGCCACUAAUAUCACUGAAAACAACUUUAUCAUAUCUUGGAACAGUCACUCUGAAAUCAUUUCUCAUAUGCUUUCUGUAUUCACAAAUGGUGCUUUGCAUUUGUUGCUCAACCCAUUGAGUUCAACGAUAAGUAUGAAUAAUACAUUGAAUGGAGGGACAGAGUAUUGUUUCAACAUGAUUUCAACAUAUUCUGAUGGUCAGAUUGUGGGCUCGCCCACUGUAUGUCAAUUUACAGCCCCAAAUACUGUAGAAGGCUUGUUUAUAAUUGAGUAUGGAACAACAUUCCUAAUAAUUGGUUGGAAGGACACUGUGGGAGCUAAUAUUUAUGAGAUAGUAGUUGUGGAUGUUACACCAAGUAGCAGGAAAAGAAGACAAAUUAUGACACCAGCUACUUUUAAUGUAACAGGACAAACUAACACCACAAUAUCAAACCUUGACCCAGGAAGAAAAUAUUCUAUUUCUAUUGCUGCAAGGAACACUGGAGGGACUAGUCAGCGUUCAAGCAUUAGUGCUGCAACAACAACCCCACCUCCACAAGAAUUGAAAGUGGAAUCCUAUGACGGUUUCUCUGCCAAUAUUUCAUGGACUGUUUCGGCAGGAACCUCAUUUUAUAACGUUACAUUUGUUGCAAACAAUACAGAAGCUACUACUACCACCAGUAACACAACAGAAACCUGGUUCUCUAAUCCUGCUUUAAAUGCGUCACUGAGCUACACUGUUUACCUGCAGUCUUGCAACCUAGAUUCAGUUUGCAGUGCAAAUUCAACUAUAUCUCUGGUACUGAUACCAGAUCCCUGUGCGAAUCAAACACAUAAAUGUCAUUCAAAUGCUGGAUGUGUCAAUACCUCCAAAAACUUUUUUUGUUUUUGCAAAGCUGGGUUUACUGGUGAUGGUCUAACAUGCACAGAUAUUGAUGAAUGUGCAUUGGGAACUCACAACUGCAAUACAAGUGCUACUUGUAACAACACACCUGGAAGCUUUACUUGUUCCUGUGACACUGGAUACAGUGGCAAUGGGAUAAACUGCACAGAUAUUAAUGAAUGUGCACUGAGGUUGCAUAACUGCAGUUACAAUGCUAACUGUACCAACACAAAUGGAAGUUUUGCAUGUUCUUGCAAUACUGGGUUUACUGGUGAUGGUGUAAACUGCACAGAUAUUGAUGAAUGCACAUUGGGUACACACAACUGCAAUGCAAGUGCUAAUUGUACCAACACAAUUGGAAGUUUUACAUGUACUUGCAAUAGUGGGCUUACUGGUGAUGGCUUGAAUUGUACAGAUAUUGAUGAAUGCAAAGUGGGUACACACAACUGCCAUGAAAAUGCUACUUGUACCAACACAAAAGGAAGUUUUACAUGUGCUUGCAAACCUGGGUUUGGCGGGAAUGGAUCAUUUUGCGGAGCUCUUGGGAAAGUAACUGGGUUCAUGGUGAUUGACGUUGGAAGUACUAACAUCUCUAUGAAAUGGGAUUCUGUGGAUGGUGCAAUAUCCUAUGUGUUAUCUGUUAUAACAAGUUCUACAAGUGCUCGGAAACGAAGGGCUGUAUUUUCAGAUAGUCCCUUCACUGUAACUGGAACCAAUUUAACAGUCAAUGGUCUCCAAAGUGGAAGUAGAUACAAUGCAAGCAUCCGUGCUCAAAAUAAUGCUGGGAAUGGACCAUUGUCUUACCUUCAAGUUACAACUCGUCCAUCACCCCCUAUGAACCUCAGUGUUAAUAUUACAAACAUCACUGAAGCAGUUGCUACAUGGCUUGCCCCUGAAGGAGCUGUGACAUAUAACGUCACUUUUACAACGAUGAACAAUGCACCUAUAAUUUCAAGACAAUUUUCACAAAUAGGUGAUGAAAUUUUCUUACAAAAUUUGGAAGCUCCUGGCGUCUAUGAAGUUUCUGUAUCUGCUUGUAAUGUUGAUAACUUAUGUGGUUCUUCAGUAAAAACAAUAUUUAUUAUUGAUUUAGAUGAGUGCAAAUAUGGUACACACAACUGUCAUGAAAAUGCUAAUUGCUCCAACACCAUGACAAAUUAUAUUUGCGCUUGCAAAACUGGGUUUACUGGUGAUGGUAUAAAUUGCACAGAUAUUAAUGAGUGUGCAAUGCGUACACACAACUGCCAUGCCAAUAGUACUUGUACCAACACAACAGGAAGUUUUACAUGUACUUGCAACCCUGGGUUUACUGGUGAUGGUGUAUCAUGCACAGAUGUUGAUGAAUGCACAUUGGGUAGACACAACUGUGACACAAAUGCUACUUGUACCAACACAACUGGAAGUUUUACAUGUACUUGCAAUACUGGCUUUACUGGUAAUGGUGCAACAUGCGCCGAUAUUGAUGAAUGUACAUUCGGUACACACAACUGUAAUACAAGUGCUACUUGUAAUAACACAAUUGGAAGUUUUACAUGUGCAUGCAAAACUGGGUUUACUGGUGAUGGGGUAAACUGCACAGAUAUUGAUGAAUGUGCUUUGGUUACACACAACUGCCAUGCAUUUGCAACUUGUACCAACACAAUUGGAAGUUUUACUUGUUCCUGCAAUUCUGGGUUUACUGGAAAUGGAAUAAUAUGCAACCGUGAAAUACUAGUGGCUGCCAUUGUGAUACCCGUGGUUAUACUUUUGCUCCUAAUACUUUUAGUGCUGCUGAUUAUUUGGUAUAAUCGGAGAAGGAAAAGAAAAGAGAUAAAACUGCAAAAACAACCUAUGUCUCCAAUCAGUGGUGACCCAAGAGUCAGUGAAGUAAGAGAUGCUAGGUCAAGAAGUGGCUCCAUGGACACAGGGUAUGGUGGUGAAGAAAAUGGUACAGAAGUACAGCUCACGAUAGCUGACAACGAAAUAGGAACUGAAGAAAAUGAAGCCACCAAUGUUGAGUCUGUCACAAGUAUGCCAAGCAACCCACAAACCACCGAGCCAGUCUAUGCCAAGGUUCAAAAGACAAGUAGUAAAAGAAGUGAAACUUCUGAAGCACAACCAGAAGAAGCAAAUAUUAAAUUCAAGACAAAAUUGUGAUAAAUUUAAACAAAUUGAAGAACGCACUUACUUUUUUCUCUCAUUCUUCUACAAUAUUUGGUAACUAGUUUUGGUAUAUGCCAGUAUUUGUUAUUCACUGUGCAUGAGCUCACCCACGGGUUCAAGGCACUAGUAUUUAUUCUAUUUUUAGUUACUUAUGUCAUAUAUAAGUAACAAAGAUUUUACUAAACCUUAAUUACAUACACGUUACACAUA